AUGCUCCAGUUCUAUUGCCUGGUCUUGCUGGUCUCGUCCUUCUACAUAUCCCCGGCCAUAUGUCAGAAUGCCUAUGUUGUAGAACUGUCUUCAAAAGAAGCCCUUACCCACUUCAACGCCCAAUACAACACUCGAUACACUUACGAUUCAGACCUUCUCCGAGGCGUAUCCGUCCAAUUCGGGUCCACAGACGAAGCCUCAAUUGCCCUUGCCCACCCAGACAUCAAAAACAUCUGGCCCAUCACACACAAAUCACGCCCGACCAGCACCAGCACAAUUAAUAUCAAUAUCAACAACAACAAUAAUAAUAAUGAUAAUUAUCCAUUAUUACAAACAUUUGACAAAGACGCUCCAGCUAUGCUAACAAAGGCCAACAAUGCCUAUAGAACGUUGGGCCAGAAUGGAAGUGGAAUCAAGAUUGGCGUAAUUGAUUCAGGUAUUGAUUAUACACAUCCUGCAUUGGGUGGUUGCUUUGGUAAAGGAUGUAAGGUCGCCUAUGGCUAUGAUCUAGUCGGCGAUGACUACAAUGGUCGUCCUGAAUCGAUCAAAGAAAGCCAUGAUCCCAUCGAUAGCUGUACCUCUAAUUCCACUUCUGCCACUGGACAUGGUACCUUUGUAUCAGGCAUUAUUGCUGCAGAUGAUAAAAAAUAUGCAAGUUAUUAUUGUCAAAACUGGACAGGUGUUGCACCAGGAGCUACCUUGGGCAUGUGGAGGGUUUUUGGCUGUAAUUAUGGUGGUGUAUCAAACGAUAUUUUGAUCAAAGCAAUGGAAAUGGCAUACAAUGAUGGUAUGGACAUUAUCAAUAUCUCCUUGGGCGACAACGGUGGCUGGGAAGAAGAUGCUCUUUCUGUAGUAGCCGAUCGUUUAGUAGAUUUGGGUGUACAUGUUGUUGCUGCUAGUGGAAACAUUGGUACUAGUGGUAUUUUCUUGACAGCAGCACCAGCCACUGGCCGAAAUGUUAUUUCGGUAGCCUCUACUUCAAAUAACUACUCACCUGCUUUUAUGAUCAAUAUCGAAAGCCCAAACUCAAAAUUCUCUAUUCCUUACCGUACCUUUGUAAAUCAACCUGUCUCAUUCAACCAAACAUUUAGAAUCACUGCAGCCAGUACUAAAUUCAACCCGACUUUUGAUGCCUGUCGCCGCAAGGAUCUUCCUCGCCACAUCUACGGUGGUAUUGUACUGAUCCGCCAGGGUGGCUGCAGCUCGCUCCUCAAAGUGAGCAAUGCGCGACAUGCAGGUGCCCAGGUCGUCUUGUUCUACACUGGCACCACAGGCACGACCAACUUUGAGGUCCUAAAAGAGGCCACUCUGCCCGUCGCAUUUAUCAAUCUCAGCGACGGCAAGCAGGUGUUUGAUGCCAUUAGCCAUGAAAACUCCAGGCUUUUCUUCCAUCGGUCCUAUGCCCAGUUCACGAAGCUCAUGGUCGCCUUACCGGCCGACAAGUCUUCGGUCGACCAGAUCGCAUCCUUUUCAUCCCUUGGACCAACAAACGAACUCCAACUCAAACCCGAACUCACUGCCGUCGGUGGAAAUGUGUUUUCGACAAUGCCAAUCUACAAGAAUGGCUAUGGAUUUAUGUCGGGCACUUCAAUGUCAGCCCCCUUUGUUGCUGGCUCGGUUGCAUUAUUAUUGAAUGGCCUGGAGAAAAGGCCAAGUCCAGGAGAAGCCAAGACACUACUAAUGAACUUUGCAAAUCCAACCCAGCCCCCUAUUGCUAAUCUGGCCCAGUAUGAAGAUUCUCCUAUCCGCCAGGGCGCAGGAUUAGUAAAUGUGGUUCAGGCCAUCGAGGGCUACCGUACCUUCCACGUGUCACCCGCCAAAUUCAGUUUCAAUGAUACCCAGCACUUUAAUAACCAUCAGGUUCUCACUCUUCACAACCACAAAAGCACUCCUUUAAAAGUCAAGCUGAGCCACUCUCCUUCGCUCACUGCGACUGGAUACGAUCUCACAAACCCUUCGAGCUACGUGCCAACCGAACCGAUCGGUCUGUCGGUCUCUGGCCAGUCCUCGGUAGCCAGUGUGAGCUUUGAGGCAACCACACUCACCAUCCCUCCAAACUCAUCAAAGUCCGUCAAGAUCUCCCUAACCCCACCAAGCAUCUUCAAUCCCCAAUCUCAUGUUAUCUAUGGCGGAUUUUUUAAAGUCGACAGCGAAGAUGACCAGAUCAGUGCCACGGUUCCUUAUAUUGGCAUGGUCGGUAAUAUGGGGUCUUUGCCUAUUCUGCAACGCACCGAGAACUCUGAGCCAUUUCCUUUCCCAAGUAUCGGCAAUCCUAAUGGUACGAUUCUUCAGAGACACUCUCUGGGCCACUAUGAUGUCACUCCUGGAAGCACCAACCUUCCCUUCAUACUCGUCCGUCUCUUGACGGGUACGGCGAUCGUGCAGCUCCAGGUUGUCCAGGUCGACUACGACGAUGCCAAGAACGACAAGGUGAUCGGAGAUAUCCCGAUGGAAACCGGCUCGAGUGGGAUCAAUACUCGUGUCUGGCUGCAGCGUAAUACACUCCAGCUCACCGAGAGCUCGACGGCCUACCACAGCUGGCAGUGGAACGGUGUAUACCUGCCCAAACCCGACGCCACGAUUAGCGGACACAAUGAUCCGGACGUGAAACCCAAGCUGGUCGAGCCCGGAGUUUAUCGUAUCCGAGUCCGUGCCUUGAAUGUGUUUGGUAACCGACAGAACACAUCUGACUGGGACACUUGGACAUCACCUAAUCUAAAGCUCCACCGAUUUUCACACCUGUUGCCUAGUCUAAUUCUUUCAUAA